GCCCAAACAAAAAUUCCUUCAAGUGACUAGAGGGGGAUUUAAAAGAAGCACUCAGAGAUUUACAACAAUGAAAAUUCCUAAAAUGAUUUAGUGACAUUUCCGAAACAACAACACAGGUUUUACACACAGCAGAAGACAAAAGUGGCAUUGUGAAAUUUUCAUAAUUUCUCAUGUUUUUCUGUUUUGUUUUGUUGCCGGUUUUCGUUUCCCGCUAUCGAGUUGAACGCAGAGACCUAUCCAUUAAAGCCCCUCCACACGAACGAGAAAAAUUAGUUGAAAUUUAUUUGAGGCUGCUCUGGUAAUUUCUCACUGUUAACAAUGCACGGUGACCAGUUUCCUGCCGCAGAAAAAAUUCUGUCAGAUAUAGAAAACGUCUUCAAGAGAGAUAAGGACUUGAAAGAUUUUGAAAUUUUGCCAGUGACUGUUGGAGAGAACAAGUCACCGGUUCUACAUGCAGAACACACUCUUGGAUUGCAAGAGUGGUGCGUGCGACACUUAUAUGUGCAUGUGUAUCACAAGCUAACAAAUUUGAAACAGCAACAAAGAUUACGACGUGAAGAUCCGAACACAUUGUCCCGUCUUCUGUUGGGGGGAGUUUUGUUGAAUCCAGACUGUACCUUUUUGUGGAACAUUCGCCGUGAAUUAAUUGUUAUGGGUCGCUUUGAUUUGUUUUCCGAUCUCCACAUAAAUGCUGUAACUUUGUCACGGCGACCAAAGUCAUCUGAGGCAUUUGUUUAUCGACGGUGGCUACUAAGUCGGAUCUUAGAAAGUUAUUUGGAUGCAUCUACCACAUUAUCUAUUCUGGAGGAAGAAUUGCGAGUUACCCUCAUGGCUGCUAACCGCUAUGCAAACAACUACCAUGCAUGGAACCACAGAAUGUGGAUUAUGUCUCACCUACCUCAAGCUCAAGAUCACUUUAUUAAUGAAUGGGUAUCAUCUGAGGAGUGGAUUUCAAAACAUGUGUCAGAACACAGUGGCCUUCAAUAUAGAGAGUAUUUGUUUAAACAAAUUAUGCAAAACGUAGGACACACUUAUUUCUGUCAUAAACUUCGGCUUAGUCUAGAAAACUUCUUUCUUCCUCUCAAAAGUUCUGAACUCUAUUGUGUUUCUCUGAAAGACAGCACUCCAUUAAAGCAACUCCAUUCAUUGGUCAUUGAUAUUCUUGAACAGAAAGACUUUUGUUCCUCGUGCCCAAUAAAAUGUGGAAGCAAUCCUCAUAUCUUACAUAUUGGAUUUUUAGCAUAUGAACUACUUCUAGUCACAGAGCUGAUACGCUUGUAUCCAGGUCAUGAGGCACUGUGGUGUCAUCGACGUUUUGUAUUGUUCUCUCUCUAUUCUAUUGUUAAAGAAAUCAACACUUACGAAGCUAGCAAGUCUGACAUAUCUGAUGGGGUUCCACAUCCUAAAGCUCAGAAAUUAUCUGUGUCAGAUAUAGAGAUUGAGUGCAAUUUUUUAUGGAGUGUUAUUGUAAGGCAUGAGGAGUCCUUACUAGAGGAAUGUUCUUUGUGUACCCCAGAAGAGAGUUACCAAAGCAAACUUGCUUUCAGACAUCAAGAGUGGGUUGAAAAGAUAUUAAAAAGAAGCGGCAGUUGUGUGAAACAGAGUACAUCUUGAAUAAAAACUAGCGAAUUUAUAA